UUAGCCCCAGCGCACGCGCAGAAAUAGCAACCUAGUUAAAUUUUUUUAGAGGUUGUCUGUUUAAAAUUACCACAGAUAAUAAAUUCGUUUCUGACGUUUAUCAUUUGAUUUCCGCGCGCUUUUUUUUGAGCGGGAUUCAGUUGUGUUUGAAAAUUGUUUUUUUUUAUUUUACCUGCAGUCUAAGGAAUAAACGAAAAUGUUCCACGGAGGCAUUUGGAGUAAACUUCAGAAUUUCUACAAGUGGUACGUGCUGGGCUUGGUGUCGGUCGGCUACAUUCUUGGCGAACUGGGGCACUACCUUAUUGGAACGACAUCAAAAGUGACGGCAGACGAUCUACAUUAUGGAGAUAAAGCUUGUAUGUUGAACGCGACACACCUGACACUCAGUCAGCUGCCGGUCGUGUGUGAGAAGGUGAACUCCAGUGAUAUGUGUGAAACUCUCACACUAAAUGGAUCCAGAUACUGCGAAUGGGGUUAUAAUGGACUGGGAAUUGAUUACCAAGUCCUCGCCGGUCCGGCCUUCAUGGCGGUGUUCACUGUCGUCGGUGUCAUCCUCGGCGUGGCGGCAGAUAGAUAUAAUAGAAGUCGCAUCUUGAGUGUGUGCACGUUGGUGUUUGUAAUAGCAAUUCUUCUUAUGGGAACGGUGACGGAAUACUGGCAUUUAGUCCUCCUACGGAUGGUAAUGGCGGCUGGAGAAUCUGGUUGUAAUCCCCUAGCAACGGGACUUCUGACGGACUUGUUCCCAGAACACCAAAGAGGGCUCGUCUUAUCUAUAUUCAACUGGGGUAUUUAUGGCGGCUACGGUAUCGCGUUCCCCGUUGGGAGAUAUAUCCCGGAUCUUAAUGCUUGGGGACUGAGCUGGCGAGUAUGUUACUACGGAGCUGGUAUCAUUGGACUUGUGAUUGCUGCACUCACUUUCUUGACACUUCGCGAACCAGCUAGAACUACUAUCGGAGAAGAAGGAGCUGGCAAUUCUAAAGGUAGGGACUCAACACUAGAAUCAGGAAAGAAAAUGCCGCAAAUAACCAUCUGGCACGUGAUCGCGCAACCGAGAAUCAUUCUUCUUUGCUUAGCGGCCUCCAUCAGACAUUGCGGCGGUAUGACGUUCGCGUACAACGCGGACCUGUACUACCGCGACUACUUCCCCGACGUCGACCUAGGCUGGUGGCUAUUCGCCGUCACGGUCGGUAUCGGCUCCGUCGGCGUCGUCGUGGGCGGCGUCGUCUCCGACAAAUUCGUGUCAAAGAUGGGUGUAAGGUCUCGAGUACUGGUACUGGCUCUGUCUCAGCUGAUCGCAACUCUGCCAGCUUUCGGUUCCGUCGUGUUCGGACCGUUAUGGGCUAUGAUCACUCUCGCUAUCUCUUACUUCUUUGCUGAAAUGUGGUUCGGAAUUGUCUUCGCUAUUCUAGUUGAAAUAGUUCCUCUGUCAGUACGUUCAACGACAGUCGGAGUGUUCCUCUUCGUUAUGAACAACGUCGGAGGAAACCUGCCUAUCCUGGUCGACCCGGUGUCGAAGGCCAUCGGCUACAGAGAAGCUAUUAUGAUCUUCUACGCCGGCUUCUACGGCAUUAGUAGCAUCAUGUUCUUCCUCACAAUGUUCUUAAUGGACGGUCCCUUGGAGAAGCCGGACGAACCAGACAACACGCCGAGCGGACUCGACAACAGAGCCUUUUCACACGACGAGCUCAGGAACGGAAGAACGAAUGAAAACAUCAGACUAUAAACUUAAAUGAAAGACAUAUUUGUUACAAAUGCUUGUUUGGUAUUGGUGUGACUCGACUCUGGUUGAGAUGAGACUCCGCCUCUGUUUUAAGGAUGGAUAUUUUUGUGUUGUUUUAUAUGAGUAGGAAAAAUGCCAAGGUUUUUUAGUUAUAUAGUUUCUCUUGUAGUGUUUUAUACAGGUUUGUGUGGGUGGUACCACUCACUUACUUACCACCAAAUAUCAAUACUUUUUUCGAUAUGACGGUUUGUAUGUUACGUGAGUCAGUGUUACAAGUUCAUUGGACACCCGUUUUCUCCUGGUUGGCGCCACAUUUAGAUAUUUACCAAUUUCUAUGAGCGGCAGUGACCACUUACCAUAAAACUGGUCCCAUUUUCUCGUCUUCAUAAUUAUCAAAAUCUUACAAAUUUUCACAAUUUACAGAUUUCACCAAAAAUGUUUGUUUUACGUACUCAUCGAAUAGUAAUUAUCCAAAACGGAAAUAAUUUCUCAAGCUAUUUGACAAUUUAAGUGAUGCCGACCAAAGUUUCAGUUAUUUAUAUUUUUUUCUUUCAAUAUUGUUAAGUCUCGCUUCGUACUUAGUACACUGGUUUAUGAAUGGCCUUUAUAUUCUGUUCGUUUUUUCUGUUCCUCGACAUGACAGUAAUCGUAGAUAAUAUAAUGUACAACUAAUUGAUACUGCCGUAAGACAAAUUAUGUAAUUAAAGUACUGUUUAGUCUACCAUGAGGUCUAUAUUCGUAAGAUAUCUUUGGUAAUUAAACAAACCUUACGAUAUGAGUAAAAUUCUUGACAAAUAUUGCUCAAUUCACCUUCAAACCGAAAAUAACAUUUCCAAUUAAACAGACUAUGCUAAUUGCUCUAUUCUUUCAUAUAACCUCUAUGGUCUGUAUGGCUAGUUUAUAUGGAAACAGACUCGAGUUCGAGUUUUUCUUUGAACGCUGUCAGUGUCUCAUCACAUAUGAGAGUGAUGAAAUGUCUGUGUGCGCACAUAUGCUGUAAAUCCAUCUCCUACGCCUUUGUCUAGUCGUUAAGACUGGCCGCUAAGACCGCAAUCAGUCAGGAGGACAUCCUCCAUUCAAAUACUGGUGGUAGGGCUUUGUGCAAGCUCGUCUGGGUAGGUACCACCCACUCAUCAGAUAUUCUACCGCAAAACAGCAAUACUUGAUAUUGUUGUGUUCCGGCUUGAAGGGUGAGUGAGCCAGUGUAAUUACAGGCACAAGGGACAUAAAAUCUUAGUUCCCAAGGUUGGUGGCGCAUUGGCUAUAAGCGAUGGUUGACAUUUCUUACAAUGCCAAUGUCUAAGGGCGUUUGGUAACCACUUACCAUCAGGUGGCCCAUAUGCUCGUCCACCUUCCUAUUCUAUAAAAAAAAAAAAAAAAAAACAUUUUAAUUCAAUCUGACAAUUUUAUAUGGGUAUGAAUCUUAUAUAGAUAUAGAGCACAAGAAAAAAAUAAGCCAUUUUUUAGGCAUUUCAUCUCAAAGGAAAACUGAAUCAGCCAUAAAAAUAAUGUUAAAAUGUUAGCUAACUUGUACGACGUUGCAAAGACUUGUAAUAAUAUAAGAGGACUGGCAGUUCAUAUUAUAUAUUCAAAUGACAAUAGAAAGCCAGAAAGUAAAAAAUAAAAUUCCAAUUUCAAAUAUAUUUAUUUUCAUUAUAUUUAAAAUGAAAUAACUGUCCCAUUUACGAAACACAUCUUUCAAAGUGCGAGCGAGAAGGUAAAUACAUAUUGACAUAUCUUCAUAUGAGACAAAAUAUUGAAACAGUGUCCGUUUUAAAAAGUACAUAACUAUAUGUACUUCCGUUCCUCUGUAGGUUAAGAAAUGAAUGUACAAGUAAGGUUGUUUUAAUUUAAACUUAUUUACUGUUUCUAGUUAUUUUAUAUUUAUUUUAAUCGUAAUAAAAGUCCUUACGAACUUUGAAGUUCAUUGUGUAUCUGAAUUUAAAUAAAUCUCAAAUAUUUAAAAAUACAGACAUUAUUUGUGUAUAACAAUUAAAAAGCAGUUCAUUGUGAUAAUCAACAUUUAAAUUUUAAAUAAACUGAUUGUAAAUACAUUUUUGUUAAUAUUAA